CGAUGUUGGUUAUCUAUCGCGCAGAGCAACUUUUCACCAUUGUUUGCUCAUGUUCUAUCAAAGACAGAUUUGACAGAAAAAGCGCCCAUCCCUGGUAAUCCAACAUCCUACUUUAUACCUUACCUAGGUUAGCUGUGGGCUCGUCGAUCCAAUCCAAGAAAUUGUUACCAGCACACAAGUCAUACAACAAAGCACGUCCAUUCGGAACCAAACAACUUUGUGAAAGAGGGCAAUCGAAUUUGGCCUGUUUUCUGCAGAUAUUCCCCUAGCCCAGAAAAAUUCCCACCAGUCAUCUAGGCCAAGAAUUCGAUCUGGGUACCACACCAAAACAAAUCGAGUGCGUUUAGGAGUGCGACCACAAUCAUGGAUUCUGAGCCCUCACAGCUUCCCGAUAGGAAGACUCGCAAGUCUGUUGCCUUUACGGAAGAGAAGCUAGUUGUCGACGCCGACGGCAAGGUCACCACGAUGUCGACCCCCAAUGAGGAGAAGGACUCGGCCCAAUCCCACACGCCUCGUACGCCGCCACUCUCCGCAGCACUUGGUGCAUUUACUGAUGCAUCUUCAGCUCCUGCCGAUGUGACCCUGGACGGGGCCGCUCCCGAUGACGAUGGACUUGACUUGACCUUGAAGAAGAAGAAGAAGAAGCCCAAGAAGGUUGAGGAUGGCGAAGAAGCCGCCGGCGACGAGAAUGCUGAGGACGGUGGGCUGGACCUGACGCUCAAGAAGAAAAAGAAGAAGAAGGUUCCCAAGGACGAGGAGGAUGAGUUCGCAAAGAAGCUCAAGGCCAUGGAGCUCAACGACAAGGAGGGAGAAGAGGGCGAAGCCGAAGCUGAGGAGCCAGAGGUGGAGGAGGGUGACAUGGAUGAGGGAACCGGUAUUUGGGCUCACGAUGCGACAGAGACCAUCCCAUACAAGAUGCUCCUCGGAAGGUUCUACAAGCUCCUCGAAGAGAAGAACCCUGACCAUGCGACGAGCGGAACCCGGUCAUACAAGAUCCCGCCCCCGCAAUGCGCACGUGAAGGCAACAAGAAGACCAUUUUCAUCAACCUGGCUGAUAUCUGCAAGCGCAUGAAGCGUACAGAGGAACACGUUACUCAGUACCUGUUUGCCGAGUUGGGUACUUCGGGUUCGACUGACGGCAGCCGUCGUCUGGUUAUCAAGGGUCGUUUCCAGCAGAAGCAACUGGAGAACGUGUUGCGCAAGUACAUUAUCGAAUAUGUUACCUGCAAGACUUGCAGGUCGCCCAACACAGAGCUCAACAAGGGAGAGAACCGCCUUUACUUUAUUACUUGCAACUCUUGUGGAUCACGUCGUUCGGUUACUGCCAUCAAGACUGGUUUCUCUGCCCAGAUCGGCAAGAGGAAAAAGAUGCUCAAGGGUUAAAGUGGUUGUUAAGGCGUGGGAGGAUAUGGUUCGGAUGUGUUUCGGUCCGUAUUCUAUUAGUCUUGAUCAACAAGCAUAUUCUUGACACUCAAAUCGCCCACACUGAUAGGUGGCGUCACGUUAUUUCCCUACCAGGCUUUAAAAAUACCCGCAGUGUUCGCCUCUGCUGUCAAAUCUUAUCUGGUGAGGGUAGAUCAUCUGAGGGUGCGAUCCUUGAUGGAAAUUCUUUCUAUGAAGGUGGAUGUACAGUACCAGAUAAUACCACCUUCGCAUUGUACGUUUUCAGUUUCCAGUUUUGAGUUUAUAGAUCGGCUA